AUGUUAUCCAAAUCCUUCCUAUCAUCCCUAUGCCUCGUCUCAGCUGUGCUUGGCGCUCCGGCGGAUCUGCGCCGGCGGACAAGUAGAGCCAGUGCCCCCCCAGGAUGCCUCACUGUUGGUUCGGGUGGAACAUAUUCGACUAUUGGUGAUGCAAUUAAUGCACUAACUUCGUCUACUUCCUCGGCUUGCAUCUACGUUGCUAGUGGCACCUACGAGGAGCAACUCACUAUCGACUUCACCGGUACUUUGACAAUUUACGGUGAGACCUCGGAUACUGGAACGUAUAAAGACAACACGGUGACUAUCACGAACACUCUUUCCUCGCCCGAUGCUGGGUCCUUGGAUCUGAGUGCGACAGUCAAUGUUGUCUCCGAUGGGUUCAAGAUGUAUAAUAUCAACGUUGUGAACGGGUAUGGUAAAGGGGCGCAGGCGGUGGCUCUCGUCGGAAAUGCUGACCAACUUGGUUUCUACGGCUGCCAGUUCUCUGGUUAUCAAGACACCCUCUACGCCAAAGCCGGAACGCAGUAUUACUCCAACUGCAUGAUUGAGGGAGCCGUCGACUACAUUUUCGGCGAUGCCUCAGCUUGGUUCGGCGAAUGCGACAUCGUCUCCAACGGCGCUGGUGCCAUAACCGCAAGCUCACGCGAAGAGAGCACAGACACAGCAUGGUACGCCAUCGACAAUAGUAGCAUCAAAGCUGCCUCUGGAACUUCCCUCGACGGAGAGGUAUACCUUGGUCGCCCGUGGCGGGUGCUUGCGCGCGUUAUUUACCAGAGCUCGGACUUGGGUAGUCUGGUUAAUGCGAAGGGGUGGACUACUAUGGCGGAUGGCGCGACACCGUUGUAUUACGAGUAUAAUAACUCCGGUGAUGGGUCAAGUACUUCGGAAAGGAAGUAUGAAAGCUCUAUCUCGGCGGGUGUUACGAAAAAGACGGUCUUGGGGAGCGAUUAUGGGGAUUGGAUCGAUGAAAGUUAUUAA